AUGGCGAAGACGAGUCACGAGGCAGACUUCACAGAUCCACUGGGCUCUCUGUGCAGCCGGCCCCUCACCAGCGAUGGGCCUUCCCGCUUCCUUUCCCCCGGUUUCGGGAGCAUGGAUGAUGGAGAGGAGGCGCAGCAGAUCGGAGAUGAGCUGGCCCAACACCCAACUGUGCAAGCUGGGCGAGCACAGAACUUGAGGGGAGGACUGGUGGUCGCGGACCUAACCAAGCGGGGUGUGGCGGAGUGUUUCGAAGAGUUCGGCUUAAGGGACUACUUCGACCAGUUUGGGCAGCCUCGCUUCUGCAACCUCUCCAUGUCUGUGGCUGCUCGGAGGCACCCGGAAGUCUCGCGAGUCUUUGGCUCCGUCUCCUGGGAUUCCUCGAGAGCUCCAGAGCAGCACGUGUUCUCCCUCUCUGCCGUGGCGUAUCGCAAAGCGAGCUCCAUGAUCGAGAGGGAUCGGCAGCUGCAGAAGGAAGCAAAGGCGUCUCUUUACAGGAGCCUGGCGUCCGACGAGCGAUACCGCAUGGCGGAUGUCAGGCAGAGGCAGCAGGAUCUGAUCAUGCACAAGUUUCCGACUCGCGAGACGAAGGAGCGAACGCCCCGGGCUUGUCAAUUUCUACCACCGGGCACCUUACCGGAGGCCAUGCUGCCUGUGGAGCCUCGGUCACGGCAGGCCGAACGCGAAGAACGCAGGCGCGGCGAGCGCCUGAACAUGUAUCUCGCGGAGGUGACACCGCAGAGCAUCUUCGUGGUGAAAAGGCAAGGGUGGAUCUUCAACUACGAGGACGUGAGGGAGAUCUCCGAGAAAAUCGAUGCCUGGAUGAAGGCGAUCGACUUGACGUCCAACCUCGGGGUGGAUCGGUCGACUUUCUCCCAGCUCUUCGUGGAUCUCGAUCUUUACCACAAGGAUAAGCUGCCCUACGUUUGGGCGCACCAGGUUUUCGACGCGUACGCCAAACCGAUGCGGCUGACAUCUGGCGAUCCAGACUUUGGCGAAGACUCGCAAGAGGGGCGCAUGCGAUCAUCCCUCUGCGUCUGCAAGUGGGACUUCAUGGCCGUUCUUGACAGGCUUCUGAGAGCCCGCUUCGAGACGCCCAGGGACACAUUCAUGGCCCGACUGCGAGCGGCCACCGGCUACCUGGAGAAG